GCCAAGCAGGGGGGCGAGGGCAGCGAAGCGCUCGCGGCCGCCAAGCAUGCGACCAAGGCCUCGAGGGCCUCCCGCGGGAAGGUCGACAGGCAGCUGAAGAGCCUGACCGCUAUGAAAAGGCAGUUCUCUGUCAGGGCCAAGGAGAAGCAGCGCGACGACUGGCGGAUGGCGGGCGACGAGCACGCGAAGAACGCGGCGACGGCCACCGAGAUGCAGGGCGAACUGAUGAGGGAGCCGUCAGACUGGAGUUAA